AUGCAGCCUCGCACUCUAGUGAGCAGCUCUCAGCUCAAUAUCCUUAUGUCCCAGACCCAAUAUAUUGGUCAAGGCGCUUAUGCUAAAGUGGGGCGCGUUCCCUGGGACGGCGGACAUGCCAUCCUGAAGAUGAUGAAGCGUAACUCUGAAAGGGACUUCAGGAGAGAGCUGAUUAUCAUGGAAAGAUUGGAUACUGCUGGAGGAGCUCCCAAGAUCCUGGGACUGUGCUAUAACCCAAGAGCCAUAGUGAUGUCUUCCCGGGGCGAGAUAACACUCGCUACAGCACUCCAGCAUAACCUACCAGACUGGUACAUGGUCUAUAUUGUGUUAAAGGUUGGUCAGUGCCUGCGCGAGGUCCACGAGCGGGGAGUUAUACAUGGUGACAUUCACGCCUCCAAUGUCAUGGUCACCCUCUCUCCUGACUUCUGUAAGCCACCUGAAGUAUUCCUUAUUGACUUCGGAAUGUCGGGUCUCAGCCCAGAGGCCCUGUCGACCUUCAGCCCAGAGGACCUGGCGUGUCUGGGGGAUACACAGAUGGUACAUGAAAACCUGACAUACUCUCAUGAUGUCAAGUGUUUGGGCAUUAUGCUGUUAGAAAUCAGUUUCUUGAUGAAGACAAGCCUUGCGUCUGUAAGAAUCAUAUUUGAAAUGGCUACGCCAAGUGAGAGAGAGCCAGCUGCCCUCGACGACGUUCUUCAGAGGCUGAACACUGUACUUACUGACGACUUCAAUAUUAACAUCUGA